AUUCUGACCUGCAACCUUGGAAAGAGUGCUGAUACUACAAACCAGGAAGUGACAAAUAAUGUGCUUUGAACUCUGUAGGACUUGUCUUUCAUAAGGAAAAGCCUCUCAUAACAAAAAGAGAAGAUUGAAACAGUGAUUUUAUGUAGUUGUCAUUAAAUAUUGGGAACUCUGCUGCAGAUAAAGACUUUGCAGAAUACUUAGAAUACAAAGCUUUCUGGGCCAGAAAUUGAUCUUCUGACUUUUGAGUCGUAUCUGAUUGCUGCUUGGUUCAUCUUUAUUUUGUUAAAGUAGCCUGCAGGCUGAACCAGGACUCUUCAUUGUUUGCAGAGCUUGACCAGACAGGAAUUCUGGCAGCUGCUCCAGCAGAACUAUGGUAAUGAGCUAGGCUUAAAUGCUGAAGAGAUGGAAAACUUGUCUUUGUCAAUCGAGGAUACUGUGCAGCCAAGAAGUCCAGGAAGAAGCAGCUUGGAUGAUUGUGGGGCGAGAGAUGAAAAAUUUUCCAAGUCCAUCAGUUUUACACGAGAAUCAGUUAAUCGUGUUUCAGAGACAGAGUCAAUUGAUGGAAAUUCACCGAAAGGGGGGUUAGGGAAAGAGGAACCCCCAAGUGAGAAACAGAUCAAAAAGAGUCCUUUACUAACUUCAGAGAAGAGGUUAAGUAGAGUAUCAUCAAAAUCACUGGACUUGAAUAAAAAUGAAUAUCUUUCUCUGGACAAAAGCAGCACUUCAGAUUCUGUUGAUGAAGAAAAUAUGCCUGAGAAAGAUCUUCAUGGAAGACUUUUUAUCAACCGUGUUUUUCAUAUCAGUGCUGAGAGAAUGUUUGAAUUGCUCUUCACCAGUUCACGCUUCAUGCAGAGAUUUGCCGAUUCUAGAAAUAUAAUAGAUGUAGUGUCCACCCCUUGGAAAAUAGAACCUGGAGGUGAUCAACUGAGAACCAUGACCUACACUAUAAUCCUUAAUAAUCCACUUACUGGAAAGUGCACCACUGCCACUGAAAAGCAGACACUGUAUAAAGAAAGUCGGGAAGCACAAUUUUAUUUGGUAGAUUCAGAAGUACUGACACAUGAUGUUCCCUACCAUGAUUACUUCUAUACCCUGAACAGAUACCAUAUCAUCCGAUCCUCAAAACAGAAAUGCCGGCUGAGAGUUUCUACAGAUGUGAAGUACAGAAAACAACCAUGGGCCAUUAUCAAAUCUCUAAUUGAAAAGAAUUCCUGGAGUUCAUUGGAGGACUAUUUCAGACAGCUUGAAUCAAACUUAUUAGCGGAAGAAUCUGUGUUAAAUCAGUCCGUUGAAGAUGCUGGAAAACUUAGUGGCUUACGAAGGAGAAGGCGAACAUUCAACCGAACAGCAGAAACAGUUCCUAAACUUUCUUCUCAGCGCUCUUCUGGAGAUGUGGGCUUGGAUGCCAAAGGGGAUAUUUCAGGAAAGAAAAAGGAAAUGGAAAUCUGUAAUACUGCCCUUAUUGUGGUGAUGAGUAUUUUUUUGCUGUUGCUAGUUCUGUUGAAUGUGACGCUGUUUCUGAAGCUGUCAAGGAUAGAAUCUGCUGCUCAGUCCCUUUACCGUCUCCACCUCCAAGAAGAGAAAUCUCUGCAUUUAGCCUCUGGUAUGCUGUCAAGAGCAGAAAGUAUUGAGAAGAACAAAGACCAGGCCCAUCGUUUAAAAGGAGUGCUCCGAGACUCUAUCGUGAUGCUUGAACAGUUAAAGAGCUCACUUGUUAUGCUUCAGAGAACUUUUGAUCUACUAAAUAAAAACAAGACUGGCAUGACUGUCAAAAGCUAGUGAUCUCAAGGCCUGAAACUGUAGAGAUACUUGGAACUAAAAGAAAACGUCUUAAAGAAAACCAGAGGAUGAAGGAUUUUAAUUGUCACAGGAACAUUUCCAUAUUUUCUCAUUAUUGGUACUUUUAAUAUGAACAAUCUUUUUAAUAACAUUAAUGUGAUGACUAGUCUCUGAUGGCCUUAAUGAUCCAUUCUUUCACUUCUUAUACGUAAUUCUAAGCAGUGGAUUUCUCCAGUGGAAUUAUUCUCCAGUGGAUAUUUCAGGUGAAAUAUGUUGUGGACUUGAAUUUCUACAAUACAAAAAGAAAAUGAGACACUCCAAACUGAGUAGUAUGGCCUUGUUUUUACAGUGAGAUUUGAAGUUUGAUGCUUUAUCUGUUAGCACAGAAUCAGUACGUGUUCGACAGGCUGCUUUCCCAGUUGAGAUACACUGAAGAUGCUAAAGAAAAUUUAAGAAUAAACCUCUGUAUCAUUAUGAAUUGUGAAGGACCAGGUUUCAGGCAUGUAUUAUAACAUUUCUAAGUUUGUGUACUGUAAAUAUUACAGUGUCUUCAUUUUUUCUUUAGCAUGGGAAUUCAGUAGUCAGGUUCUGAAUGUACAACUUGGUAAUUAUUACCUGAAAGGUUCUUCAGCCGUUGUAUCUUUUUGAAGAUAGAUGUUUCAGGAGAUAUGAGAGGUGAGAUUAUCUUGCCUCUUCAUGUAUCAAAUGGUGGAAGAGUAAAUUCUGGAAAAGGAGACAUGUAGGGUACCAACACUCAAAAUGAAGAACCACGUGCUGAUUUUAAAAACGAGAGGAUUAUGUUGAAAUCUGGGCACUUAGUGUUCCAGUACUAGUGCACUGACUGAACUUCUAGGCCAGACAGAAGCUUUGGCUCUUUCACAACAAUUUUUUAGGCAUGUAUGUCUCAAUAUGAUGUCUUUGGAACAAGAGAAAGAUAGUGCCGAGUAAUUUGUAUAUAUUCUUACUGUUUGGACAAUUGCUUCCCUUUAGUUAUAUGUUUCUUUUUUCCCCCAGAGUCACCAAAGCCACAUGAGAUAGCUAAAGUCAUUUUUGAGAUGCCUGUAGAGAAUGAAAGUAUUAACUUCAUUACAGGGAAAAUGGAUUUCUCUGGGUGGUUCCCAACAAACCUACAUUGGGGUACCAGUGUACUUACCUGGGGUUUUUGAAAAAAGGAUUUAUGAAGUGUCUGGCUGUGAGUAAGAGUCACCGGAUAUUAAACUUGAAGACUUGUUCUCUGUUAAAUUCACAAAAAUGAUCAGUGGCAAGCUGAAUGUUUUUGUGAUGUUAUUUAAAACUUGUACUUCAUAAACAUACCUCAAAGGAAAUUAACAAAGUUGCUUUAUAGAUUGACUGAACAUGUAUGCAUGCAGAAUUCAAUUAAUUGCAUUUCAGCCUGUUAAUGUAAAUUGAUACCAAUAAAACCCAAAAUGUCUGA